AUGCAGCAAAAGUUCAUCUUCGUCCUUUUAUCUCUCCUAUCAGCGACAGCCGUAAACGCCGACAAAAUCACAAUACAAGCCCCAAUAACUGGAUGCGAGGGCAAUGAAUACUGCACCGGUUUCCAAGAGUGCGGUAGAGAUGGAUUCUGCCAUAGACGCGAAUCCUGCGGCAAUUGGGGUGGAAGACAGAACGUAUGCUGCUAUACCGACAAUAGCACCACCUGCGCCGAUCUAGCAGGAGAUUUCCUACUCAACAGCUUCAACCUCGAUACAUCCGGCACCGAAGCCGUUUAUGCCAAAAGAUGCCCCCAGGGUACGGUGGGAACGACCUACGACUAUAAAACCGAAGGCUUCGCGUGUUGCCCUCCCGGUAGCGAUAUCAUCAUUGAAGUCGAAGCUCAGAAUGCUACUUUCUUGGAACCAUCCGUACCCCUUAAGGACAAAUAUACUGAGAUAAUUAAUGGACGAUGUGUCGGUGCCGGAUUUUCGGAUUCUGCUUCUUCGCCGUCGCCAUCAGGCACAGAAGGGGGAGAAACAAGCACACCCACGGGAGCAUCUGGUACAAGCUCACCGACUCCAAAUAGUGCCAGCUCGAUUACAGUCUCCGCAGUAUUUGGAUUGACAUUCCUCGCCCUGGCUUGGGGAUCAAUCUGA